AUGGAACAAGUCCCUACAGUUUUCUUCUUGCUCUCCACUCUCCUCAUCACCGUCUCCGUCGAGUCUCUUCCGCCACCGCUGUUUCCCGAUGAAGCUCUCCCCACCAAAUCCGGCUACCUUCCUAUUAAACCCGCCCCUGGCUCCUCCAUGUUCUAUGCCUUCUACGAAGCUCAGAAGCCAACCUCUCCUCUUCCCGACACACCGCUCCUCGUUUGGCUCCAAGGUGGGCCAGGCUGCUCUUCCAUGAUUGGCAACUUCUUUGAACUCGGCCCUUGGCGCGUGACAUCACGCGCAACCGCAACCGAACUUGAGCGCAACCCCGGCGCUUGGAACCGCCUCUUCGGGUUACUCUUCUUGGACAACCCCAUCGGAGUCGGAUUCAGCAUCGCCGCCUCUGACGAAGACAUACCAAGAAAUCAGAGACAAGUCGCACAACACUUGUACCUUGCGCUCCUCGAGUUCCUCGACCAGAACCCAGGUUUCGAAAACCGCCCGGUCUACUUAACCGGCGAGAGCUACGCCGGGAAGUACGUUCCGGCCAUUGGAUACUACAUCCUCAGAGAGAAACCCAAUGGGAAGGUGAAGCUAAAGGGCCUAGCCAUCGGAAACGGGCUGACCGACCCGGUGACCCAGAUCCAAACCCACUCAGUCAACCUCUACUACUCGGGUCUGGUCAACGCCAAACAGAAAAACGAACUAGACAAGGCGCAGGAGAGAACCGUAGCUCUCGUGAAGUCCCAGAAAUGGCGCGAAGCAGCGCACGCGCGAUACGAUCUGUUGGCUCUUAUGGGUAACAUGACGGGACUCGCGGCGCUCUACAACACGGCCCGGUCGAUUCCUUACAGAAGGGAUCUCGUGGUGGGUCUUCUGAACAAGAGAGAAGCUAAACGUGUUUUGGGAGUGAGCGAAACGGCGCGUUUUGAGGAGUGCAGCGAUCACGUGGAGGAGUUGUUACGUGAAGACAUCAUGAAGAGUACCAAGUUCAUGGUGGAUUAUGCGGUUGAGAGGACCAGUGUGUUGUUGUACCAAGGUAUGUUGGAUCUCCAAGAAGGCGUCGUUUCGACAGAGGGAUGGAUGAAGACUAUGAAAUGGUCGGGUUUGGAGAUGUUUUUGUCGGCGGAGAGGCGCGUGUGGAAGGACAGCGAAGGUGUUGUCGCUGGGUAUGUUCAGAGAUGGGGGAAUUUGUCACACGUGGCGGUUUCAGGAGCUGGACAUUUGGUUCCGACAGACAAAGCUGUGAAUUCGAGGGAUAUGAUCGAAGCUUGGGUUUUGGGAAGAGGCUUGUUCGGUGGUGGUGAAGAUGUUAAGGAGACGGCUUCUUCAGGCUUUACCAAAUCUUCUUGA